CUUAGUCUGUUCAACGUUUUGAGUGUUUAUUAUGCGAUCAAGUUUUAUGCUACUUUAUUUCAGUUUCUGUCACUUAAAAUCAUGGUGGGACUGCGAAAGGCAGGAGUACUUCUGAAUGGGCUUUAUAGAAAGAAAAUUGGACUGACUUCUGGUGCUACAAGCACUCUGAGACGUUGUCAAAGUGAAGAUGCCGCAUUGAAGAGGACCCCUCUGUAUGACUUCCAUGUUGCACAAGGCGGAAACAUGGUCCCCUUUGCUGGUUGGUCGAUGCCUGUUAUGUACAAAGAAGGCCUAGCCGCCGAGCACACACACUGCCGCACUCAAGCGGUGAUCUUUGACGUAUCACAUAUGCUGCAAAGCAAGAUCUACGGCAAGGACAGGAUUAAAUUUGUGGAGAGUUUAACUGUUGCUGAUUUGGAGGGAUUAAAGGAAAACACAGGCACCCUCAGUCUACUACUGAACGACAAAGGUGGUAUCAUCGAUGAUCUGGUGAUGAGUAAAACAGAUCAAGACUACAUCUACAUGGUGACUAACGCUGGAUGUACCGAGAAGGAUCUACCUCAUAUACAGGGUAAGCUUGCAGAUUUCAAGGCUGCAGGGCAUGAUGUAACCUUUGAACCUAUCUAUGACAUGGGUCUCCUAGCAUUGCAGGGUCCACUCAUGUCUAAGGUGCUGCAGGCAGGCCUGUCAGACGACCUCAGUAAAUUAACUUUCAUGACGACGACGACGGCGGACAUCUUUGGUAUACCUUGUAGGAUCACUAGGUGUGGCUACACAGGAGAAGAUGGAGUUGAGAUUUCAGUUCCCGCCGAUAGGACGGUGGAGUUGACCGAGAGGUUACUGGGUUCUCCAGACGCAUCGGUCAAGAUGGCCGGUCUGGGUGCCAGGGACUCAUUGCGAUUGGAGGCAGGGAUGUGUCUCUAUGGCAACGAUAUCGAUGAGAGUACGACACCAAUAGAAGCCACACUUGCCUGGACCAUUGCCAAGAGGAGGAGGGAGUUACGAGAUUUCCCUGCCGCAGAUUUUAUACUCCAACAACUCAAAGACAAACCCACCAGGAAACGUGUCGGACUUUUGUCUAAAGGUGCCCCUCCACGAGCCGGUGCUAUGAUCCUCGACGAGGCAGGCAACGAAAUAGGUCAUGUGACCAGCGGAUGUCCAUCGCCAACACUCAAGGUCAAUGUGGCCAUGGGCUACGUCAAGACACCAAGCUCAAAGGUCAAAACAAAGGUCAAAGUUCAAGUCCGCAAGAGGGAGCUGGAUGCAGAGGUAGCCAAAAUGCCAUUUGUUCCAUCCAAUUAUUUCACCGGCAAAUGAGGAAGGCAUCUGUGUAGGUAUCUUUUAUAGGACGAAUAUGUUCUUGUAUUCAGAACCAGGGGAAAUAUGAGUAUUUAGUUCUUGUAUUCUGAACCAGGGGAAAUAUGAGUAUUUAUUAAACUAGGGAUAGAUUUAUGCUCCAAGGAGUAACACAAGUUGGAAUAGUAGAAAGGUUCUAAUUGGAUGGGAUAAGUAUUCCAUUGCACGCACCAUUGGAUCGACGGCGGACUUUCAAAAUACUAAUGCGCAUAUUCACUUGUUUGGGAUUGCUCCCAUACUUAGUGUGGUCAGGCGUAACGUUCUAGCGGUCAUGGAUUGUGCGCCUUUACCCACGAGAACAUUCUUUUUUACUUAAAAAAUUCCCGACUUUUGAGACUCUCUCCAAGGAUGCGAAGAGGUUUAAAAUCAAAACUAAGAUUGGUUGAUCGAUAUGAGAUGUCUUGCUUUUAUAUGGUAAUAACCCCCCCCCCCCCCAAUUUACCUUAUGCAUUAAUUAUUUGAAUAGGGCGCCCUCGCUUAGAGGUCUAACUAAGGUUGAUGAUUGGCCAAUCCUGUGGGCUGCGUGUACAAAUCUGCACAUUAUCAGUGUUUCAUAAUCAGUUUACCUCUAAGAUGGCUCUGGGUGACAUCAAUAUAUCAUGUCUAAUAGCUCUACGAAAAACCAAGACACUUUGUCCGGAAUGUUUUUCAAUUAAUACCUCUAUUUAAAGGAACAACUUGCCUUGGAUCAGACGAGUUGGUCGUUGAAAAGCGUU